UUAUAUCUAUAGCUUCGUUCUCAAGAUCACUAAGUAGUACCGUCCAUGUACGCUUAUACUUACCACAUAUUUAAAAGUAAAAACAAAAGCUUUACGCCCUAGCAACCGCUUUGUUUAUUAAUCAUUACGUUUUUUGUGCGCUUUGAAUAAACAUCACAAAAUCUUCUUAUAUUGAUUAAAUAGUUAUUUUUUGAUUAUUAAACAUCAUGUCUAAGCGUAAGGCUGAGGAUAAUUCCCUCUUACAAUCCUUCGAAAAAAAGUUACAAAAGUAUCGUGAUUUAAUUGAUCUUGAAAAAGCUAAGGCAUCAACUAAAUCUCCCGUUGAUAACCUCUUAUCUGAGGACUCAGAUGAUGACGACCGUCGUCAGAGUGUUUAUUCUGACUCUGAUCCUGAAACUGAUUGUACACACGAUCUUAAGGCGUCAGGCGAACUGCAUGAGACGAAGGGUCCUGAAGUUCCCUCCCUGUCCAAUUCCGUUCUCCAAAUGCUGGGCAAGGAUAAACGCCUUCACAAGGAAAAAACCUACAGCAUUCAUCCUGAAUUGUCGGACUGUUGGAAAGCUAUCAUUUCAUCAGGUUUAGAUAAAAAUGAUAAGACGACAAUUAUUGAUAAAUAUCCCAACAAGGGUAAUUGUACUUUAUCAUCUCCUGUUUUAAACCCGGAGUUGCUGCCUCUUCUCCACAAGACGGCUAAAUCUCGUGACAAAUAUCUAUCAAAUAACCAAGAUUUGAUUGGUCGUGGUUUAGUUUCUCUUGGUCAGGCAAUUUGUAAUAUUUUUAAUGAUGAAGUUGAACCUGUCGAUAAAACCCAGUUGUUACAACUUCUAUGUGACUCCAGUGCUCUUUUUUGUGAGUCAUUUCAUCAGCUCUGUAAAUCCAGACGCUCACAAAUUUACCCCUGUGUGGAUGACAAAAGAAAAUCUGUCCUUGAAGAUUCUAUUACUGACGAUUUUCUUUUUGGUCAAGAUCUUGGCAAGCGCAUUAAAAAUUCGGUUGCCGUGGAAAAAACAGGGUUAUCUAUUAAACCCCAACCUCCAAAAAAGGAUUUUCCAACUACACGGACUUCUUUAAACUGGAAGGGCCCGUCUGGCCCUCGAGCAAACUUCAAUCAGACGGGCUACCAGCGUCCUCCGUUUGCCAAGCCAACGUACCCAAACAAACAAAACAAUCAAAUUGCAACUCGAUCCCGGGCUCGGAACCAAACGAAUCAGGCCCAACAUCCUCCAGCUUCAACUCAAAAGUAGAGGUGAGAGUUAUUGCUGGUCGUUUAAAAUAUUUUUUACACGCUUGGUCUAGCAUAACCUCUGACGCGUUUAUUUUAGAAACAAUUUCUGGGUAUAAAAU